AUGACAGACAAAACCGACCUUGAAACAGUCUUCAAGAGCGAGGCCUAUGCUUCCACCUUCAAGCGCGGGGAGAUUGUCACCCGUACCUUCGGUGAAUUGCUGGUUGACCAGAGCAAGGUGGUCGCUGAGUCCAAGGCCAACCCGGAUCAAUCCCUCGUAAUCCUUGACAAUGCCUGCGGCACUGGUGUUAUCUCCAGUACCCUCAAUGCCAAACUCGACGACACUACCAAGGCACGAGCUACAUUGACCUGCGGAGACAUCUCGUCCGUAAUUCUCACGUACACUGCCGAUCGGAUGAAGCAAGAGGGUUGGGAGAACGUGGAGACCAGGGUUGUAGAUGCGCGGGAUUCUGAUCUUCCCAGCGAUCAUUACUCCCAUGUAUUUACUGCUUUUGCCUACAUGGCAAUCCCUGAUUCUAUCAAGGCUCUCGACGAAACCAUCCGGAUUCUGCAACCUGGCGGGACUAUUGCCUUUUCGACCUGGAUCGAGCCCGGCUGGAUUGCCCUUGCCCGGAGAGCAAUUGAGGGCAUCCCAGGCAAUUUGCCUUUCCCUGAAACACAGGAACUAUUGGCAUCGCUCAAUGAUGGAGAAUGGUACUCAAAGCCUUGGAUUGAGUCCCAGCUCGAGAAUCGUGGUUUCCAGGACGUUGAUGUCCGUGUCAGUAAAAUCAAAUUGGCCCUCAUCUCGUCUGUCUUUGUCGAUAUGGCCAUGAUGAUGAUACCCAGCAUGACAAAGUCAUUCUGGACAGACAAGCAACGAGAAGAACAUGCGGACAAGCUUCGUCCGGCACUGGAGAAAUACGCAAAGGACACAUUCGGGGAUGGUGAUAUCGAGACGGAAUGGGUGGCCCUUCUUUCCACUGCGCGGCAAUCUUGCUAA